GCCCUGGAAGAGUUCUUAUACAAUACUUAGCAAAGUGCCUGGCACAUAGUAAGUAAAAACUGAGGAGGACAUUUUGGAAGGUAAGGCUAGGGAAAGUGGAGGAGAACAUUUGCAGAAAAGGUGUAGGGGUGGGACAGUGUUAUCUCUAUGGACAUUACACUUGCAUUCUUUCUAUUCACAAGGUAGUCCUUCAGAGAUCCCUGGAUGGGGCUAUGUGACUGUCUCUAGGAUGUCAGUAAAUUCAGUUGCUCUGAGAAUUUUCACCUUAUUUUACAUUAUUCAUUCUUUUUUCUUUUCUUUUCUCUCUCUCUUUUUUUUUUUUUUGGCUGCGCGGCAUGCGGGAUCUUAGUUCCCUGACCAGGGAUCAAACCUGUGCCCCCUGCAGUAGAAGCGAGGAGUCUUAACCACUGGACCACCAGGGAGGUCCCCACCUUACAUUAUUUAAAGCCAUGAACUGGAAGUCAGUAGACCUGGAUCCCAAUCAUUGUGCUUCCUUCAUUAAAAGCAGUUUUGAGGUGGCCUUGGGAAACAGUUUUCACCAGCCUAUCCUGUGCCCUUGAGCAAAUUAGAAAGGGGCAUCAUCUAGGUGGUCUACACCCAUAAGCUCACAGUGAAUGGGGCUAGUGGGAGGUGCAUGGGGCUACUUAUGCAAGUUAGAAAAACGUGCUCCUUCUUCUACUAGGUGCCCAAUGGCCUGCUUGACUGGAAAACCUUGUGCAGUGAGCAACAUGCACAACCUUAGGAGACAACCCUACUGUCUUAAUUUCUUAUCCGUGAAAUGAUAUGCUAUGUACCCCACCAGUCUCCCAGGAUUGUUGUGAGUUUCAGAUGUGUAACAGUUUGACAAGCAUAUGUUUCUUUUAAAGCAUAAGGUAGUAAGAAUGAUCCUUUUGGCAAAAUAGCUUUUAUUUUUCUUUUAGUCUUUUUGUAUUUUUUUUUUUUAUUCAAAGGAAAGCACUUGGCAGAAGGGACAAUCGUAGGAUCUCUGGGAAGCAUUUAAUCUGAUUUUGCACAAUGGUAUGUUUGAAGGUGCUACAGCACUGAGGAAGUUCUAUUUUAAAUAGAGUCUACUGAUCUCUGGCUUUUGGUAUGUUAGGGCUUGCCUUCCAAGUUAUAAUAUCCUGCUAUUUUUAAAACCUGAGGAAUGUUUGCUCUUCUUACACCUGCCUGUUGGAUACUACAGGCAAAAUAUUAGCUACAUGCUUUCAAAGCUAAGUGGCACCUUGAAAGCAAACACCACAAUACUCUUUGUUCGUGGAGUGCAAUGUUUCUCGUUGAACUCUUCAUGGAGGAGUGCUGUGAAAACCAAAAUGGUUUAUUCAUAAGAUGCUAAACAGUACUUUCCAUGAACUACAGUGUCAGUGCUCUUGACAGUGUGUUUUGGUUUCUUUCUUUGAAUGACUCUUAGCUUUCUAGUUCUCAUCGUUUAUAGCUGUUUCCUUCCUUCUACUUAAAACCAUCUGCAAAGAGAACACACUGUUGCAUAGAUGGAUAUAGCAGCUGAUAGGCUUACUCAUCUCUGGAAGCUAACAUGGGUCCGUUUAAUGGGCUUGCCUUGCAUGAGCUGGAUUCCUAGAUUUUCUAAAAAUUUCUUCCUAAAAGACUUCCUAAAUUUUGUCUACCUGAAAUUUAAAGUCAUACAAAAGGCCAUUAUGUGGCCUGGAUUUUUCUUGUUUAUUCUUAAAUGAGGCCAGAGAGGCUACAGUUUUUCUUAGCAUAGAGUUGUUCAGGUUGAUUUUCUUGUUAUGCUGUAGGUAAAAGAGUCACUGUGAAUAGAGUAUAAGCUUCAUGGGUGGAGAUUUUAUCAUCUGUUCCUGAUGUAUCUCAAGUAUCCAAAGAGAUCCUGGAACAUAGUAGGGACUCAGCAAAUCCUUAUUGAAUGAAUGAGUGAAAUACUCUCUUCAGGAUUUAGCCUUAUGUAAUUUCAGACCGAAGCCUGUGUGGAUUCAGUAAUAUGUCCUUACUUUGGGUACUGUAAUCAAAUGGACAGAUUAAAAUAAUUUCUUUGCUUCAACACAGUGGCCUUGGAUUUUAUUCAUUCUAGCCAGGAGCUUGAUGUUGUGAACAAAAUGGUUUGAAUGUUUACCCUUAAACUCAGAAAGGGGAUUUAUGAAUGGCUAUUUCCGCUUAGAGUAGAAAGUUGAUUGGGUAAUUAAUAAUGUUUCCAUUUCUGAUCCUAUUUUUUCUUCCUUGCAUAUCUGACACGUGUGUGGAACAUCUCUCCCUACAGAGCUCCUGAAAUAUUGGGAGUGGACCCGUAUUUUCAAAAUAAGUGAUUUGAAAAUGAUAGGCCUGGGUUAGCAUAAUGGUUAUUUAUCUUUUUGUUCACACUAUAAUAGUCUUUCUUCACUUUUAUCUUCCUAUCCUCAAUUCUACUAGAAAAUUAGGCGCAACGGGAAGAAGGUGAAGACAGGAAGAGCGUGGGCUCUGACAUCAGCCAGGUGUCGGGGUGCUUCUGGCUGUUAUCCAAACCCCAUGGAUAAAAAUGUCAUCUCUGUAAAAAUUGUGGAGGAGAAAAAAGAUGUGUCAACAGGGAUCAUCUAUAGAAAGAGGAUUGCAGUCUGUCAAAAUGUGGUUCCAGAAAUUUUAAGGAAGGUGAACAUUUUAAAGGUACCUAAUGUCCAGUUAGAAGAGGAAUCAUGGUUCAAUCCUCAGGAAAGGAACAUGGCUAUAAGGAGUCACUGCCUUACGUGGACACAAUAUGCAUCCAUGAAGGAAGAGUCUGUCUUCCGGGAAAGUAUAGAAAAUCCAAAUUGGACAGAGUUCAUUCAAAAAGGCAGGAUUUCAAUCACAGGGGCUGGUUUUCUCAACUGCGUUUUGGAAACUUUUGCCAGCACAUUUUUAAGACAGGGUGCCCAGAAGGGAAUUAGAAUAAUGGAGAUGCUGUUAAAGGAACAGUGUGGUGCCCCCUUAGCUGAAUAAAGAAUCAUCAGGAAGCUGUGUUGUGUCUACUUUUGCUCGAGAAUCUUUUCUCGGACACAACACAUCCAAAGACACAGUUUUCGAAAUACAGGUAUAAGAAUGCGGUGUUGGCAGCUUACAGAAGAGGAAACCUUUCUGCCGGGAUAUGACAUGAUGCACUCCCCCUGGGAGCCGACCUCAGAUAGCGGCUCUCGUGGAGCUGAGACCUUCUGGCUGAUUCUUAUGGCAUAAUCUCUACGGUUUUACAAAUAAAGGAAAAGUCCCAUAGAAGGUGAUGUCUGCCCUUCUUCAGGAUGUCCUGCUGAGUGCCUGGUGGCGGUGUUGAGGCAGCCAAGGAUGGGCCAGAGGCAUGGAAAAUGCUGCUCUUGCCUGUUUGUUCUCUCCGUCGUUGCUCAUAGGAUUCAUGAGAGGAUUCUGGGGCGAAUAAAGGACUUAAACCUGAUACCUGAUUCUUAGGUGGCCUGGAACAGACAGGAAUAUACCAUACCUGUGUUGAAGUUAAGCCAUAUUCACAGUAAUGUUGAAGAUUCUCAGAAAUCAGGAGCAUUUGAUUUCUCCCCAUCAGUACUACGUACCUGCCGUCAGCUAGCUUUUAUAAUAUAACACAUGAACUGUGAUUGGUCCUUAAAAGCACCUGGGGAGUGGGGAGACAGACUCCUUCUAACUCAUUCUGGGCUGUGGAGCAGAUUAUAUGAUCUCUCUGUUUUUCAUUGGGCAAAUGGGGAUAAUUGGGCACAGGUCUUUCUACUUGUGAUGAUUAAACAAGGUUGUUUGGUAUGCAAAGCACAGGUUUGGGAGUCAGAAGGACUCCGGUUUGCGUCUGAGCAGGGCCACGCAGCAGCUCGGUGAUUACGUAUGUAAUUUAAAAUCUUUCUUAAAGAUCUUUCCUAGAUUCCUUUUUUAGGUUUAUAAAAUGGGAUUAUAGAGUUAACCUUAUGAGGCUGUUGGAACAAUUGGAGAUCAUGUGAUAAAGUGCAUAGCAUGCUACCUGGUACACAGAAGUAAACAGAAGCUAUUAUUAGUACUUGAAACCAUUUUGGAAAUAUACUUUUCUAACGUAAGGUAAUGUAGUAGUAUUGUUUGAAAAUUAGGUGACGGGAGUUUGCAUUCCCCAUGAUCCGAAGCCAAAAUGUAAAUGCACGCUACCUAAAAGAAAGCUUGAAGAGGGGCAAUAAUUUGGAAUUCAUUGUCUUAAGUUAAAACAAGUUGGGCCAUUACUGGAAAGUCCUGGGGAAAUUAUUUUUUUUAAUAUUUGAAAAAUUUUCCAUUUAGUGAAUGAUGAAUUUCAAAGCAAUUGUUUUCUUAAAUUUAUUUUUCUUUAUCUUUUUUUAAACUUUAAUACAAGCCUGCCACUGUGAGCUCCUCUUAUUGCAUUUGAGCUGUUUGUGCUGCCUGAGUUUUGUGUCUUAGGAUAAUUUCCCUUCAUUUCCUUAGUGUUUCAUUCUUCAGUUGUGUUGGAGGGAAAAUGAAUGGUAGAAACCAGAACACACUUUGACCUUUUUCCAGUUUGUAAAUGGCAGUUGGUAGGCUUUAGGAAUAAGAGCGCAUUUACACAAAUAAAAGGUGAUGUGAAUUAUCACAGAGGUGAGAGGCGAGAAAUCUGUACUUGGAGGUUGACGUUAGAAUAAACGUAAUUCUGGGAGUUCCCUGGUGGCCUGAUGGUUAGGACUCCAAGCUUUUCACUGCCAGGGUCUGGGUCCAAUCCCUGGUUGGGGAACUGAGAUCCCGCAAGUCUCCUGGCAGAGCCAAAAAAAAAAAAAGAAAGAAUGAAUGUAACCCUUCAUACUCAACAACUUGCAUUCUGUGAAAGCAGUUCUCAACCUUGACUGUCCAUUAGAACCACCUGGGAGCUUUCUGCACUCCUGCUGCCUACCUUAUUACAUCUGGGACUAAUAAGUCAGAAUCUCUGGGGGUGGAACCCAGUCAGCAGUGUUUUUUUAAAGCUCCCUAGGUGAUUCCAGUGGCCAGCGAACACUACAGUUCUGGGUGAUUUGCAGAUAUUAUCUGAUUCCUUUCUUCACAUCUCCAAGGUAGGAAAGUAUCUUUGUAGUAAGAAUUAUUGUUAGAGUGAAGCACAGAGAGGCUGAUUUUUUGCCUUAAUUCCUUGAAGCUGACGUGGCCAGUGCAAAUGCCUGCAGGGGUCUGGCAGGUGAUGUGAUGUGUGCAGCAGGCUGGCGGCCAGUGGGGAGACCCCAGGAGUACCGUGGCUGUGGUGAAAGGUGGGCAGCUGCUGCCCGGCUCCAGCACAGUGUUGCCAAGUGGCUGGUUUUUCUAGUUCUUCCAAUUUCCAAUUUUCCAGGAAAAGAUAGUAUUAAAAAAAAGAAAGAAAUCACCCGAUUUUUAUGUGUUGGCAACGAAUUCAGGAUUGUUUAAAACAUUGUGCCUGCCAAACAAAACAUGUUUGCCAGUAGUUUCCAGCCUUUGCUUCAAGAGUGUUAAGGACCAGCUUAAACAUCUCAGCCAACUUUUAAGAGAUUUGCGUUUCCCUAUUCUGGUUGUAAGCUGCUUUCUGCCUCUCCUCCAAGACUGCUUUUACAUGUAUUUUCCUCCCCAUUCCCAAAUAAUCCUCUGAACUUGCAUCAGACACUUAUCCUCAGUUUCCGCCCCCCACCCCCGCGGGCAUCCAUUACUUCAGGUUUCACAUAUAUGGCUUAGAAAUCGUAUGCUCCUUUUAAAAUUAGUUAGGGCUUGUUAAACUUUAUUUUUAUUAUGUGUCAGAAUCUUCUUCCUGUGAUAAAACAUUUAGAAGUCCACAUGUAAUUUGAUUAUCUAUAAAAUGUCAAAACCGGGAGUAUAGCCUUACUGGGUGCGUUAGGAACAAGGGUGGGAAGGGUUAAUUCAGAGAUCUGACCAGUCUCCUCCUGACUGGGUUGCUGAACCUACACACGGAAGGUGCAGAUGUAUUACAGUGAUUCCCAGGCUUCUACUUGUACCAGAAAUCCUUGGGUAGGUGGGCUCAACUGCAGGUUCCCAGGGCCUCCCCCAGAGAUUCUGAUUCAUGGAAUUUCAUUUGGGACUCGGGGAUCUGCAUUUUAAAACGAGUUCACCAGGAGUCUUGGUUGUGCUGUUUCGCAGACCAGAUUUUGAGAAACAGUGAUUUAGGGGAGGUGUUUGUGGCCUCUGUGUCUUCUAUCAUUGAAGAAGGGUUUAUAGUCAGUUGGGCCUACUGAUCAAUACAGCUGAUCACUCAGGACAUAAUAUAAAGUUCUCAUGCACAGAGAAGCUGACUGAGGCUGUCCCUACAUGGUUGAGGUGCUUUUUACCAUGAACGGGCUUUUAUGGUUUCAAUCGUGGGAAUAAAAAGGUGCUAUAUUCUUUUGAUAUAAAUGGCUUUGUGUAUUUUAUAAGCAGUACCUGCGUAGUAAUAUCCCAUUUAUCAGACAUCGUGGGUGCAUGGUAUAGCUGACUCAAGGUUAUUCUUUUAAGUGUCACAUCUUUUUUGCUCUAUUUCUGCCAUUUACACGGAGCUCUUUUUUUUUUUCACAUCUUCAUUGGAGCAUAAAUGCUUUACAAUGUUGUGUUAGUUUCUGCUGUACAACAAAGUGAAUCAGCUAUACGUAUAUAUAUAUCCCCAUAUUGCCUCCCUCUUGAGCCUCCUCCUAAUUUAGUAUACAUUUCCCUGCUUUUGCAAACAGAAUCUACUGAAGAUAAUGAAAUCAUUUCAGAGUCAUCAUUUAUGUUUUGAAUUCUUUCAGGUCCUAUUUAGGUUUGUUAAAGCCCCUCCACUGAAUGGCUCUGCUCUUUGAGUUUUGCCAUGGUUUUCAUAGUUUCUUCUUUUCCAUCACUGUUCCCUGUCGUUUCUCUCUUCCUUCACUCUGCCUGUCUCUAGGAACUUUGCUCUCCUUUACUAUAUGGAGUUGGGAAUUGCUGUAAUUGCAUACUGUAUGUCAAGUAACAGUAAACAGGAGCUGAGUCAGUCUUUGGGAGGCUUUUUUCAGCAGUGAAAUGGAUGAACGUUGCUGCAUUGACUUGGUGACAUUAUUUUAGUGGCUCUGCUACUUCCUCUAACUUACUUCCUCAUCCUCGACUGCAGUUGUCUGAUCUGUGACCUCAAGAUAACCGAGAUACUGCUACAAAUGAUUUACUUAGAUCUGUAAGCUGUUGUCUCCCCAGCUGUGUUAGUGUUUUUAUAUGUCCAGUUUUAUAAUGUGAAACGUAAGUAGAUUACAAGUGAACAUUUCUGUGCCAAGUUUCUGUGCAGGAUAAAGUGUUUUUGAUGCAGUGUUACUGUGAUCUAGAGCUAUAAAUCAGUUGUAUACCUGUGAAAUUCAAUCCUGCCGUCCUUCUGAAAUAAAGGUGUCACAACUAA